AUGGAGACACCCUUCAAAAAUCAUCAUCUUCUUCUCCUCCUCCUCCUUUCUGUACUUCUGCUAAUCCUUACAAGCCAUCCAUCGGAGGCAGAAGCAGAAUCAGAAGAUGCAGCAAUCAUAUCAAGAUUCCAACAAUACCUUCAGAUCAACACUGCACAGCCUACCCCUCAAUACCAACAAUCAACUGACUUCCUCAUCUCCCAAGCCAAAUCAAUCGGACUCGAAUUCCAAUCCAUCGAAUAUGUACAAAACAAGCCUCUCGUCCUCCUCAAAUGGCCUGGCUCUGACCCAACUCUCCCUUCAAUCCUUCUCAACUCACACACAGAUGUUGUCCCAGUUGAACACCACAAGUGGGUUCAUCAUCCUUUUGGAGCCCAUGUUGAUUCUGAUGGUAAUAUCUUUGCCAGAGGGUCUCAGGACAUGAAGUGUGUUGGCAUGCAGUAUUUGGAAGCUAUUCGUCGCUUGAAGUCUUCUGGGUUUGUCCCACUUCGUUCUGUUUACUUGUCUUUUGUUCCUGAUGAAGAAACCGGUGGCCACGAUGGUGCUGAGAAGUUUGCUGCUUCCGAUACCUUUAACAGUUUGAAUGUUGCGAUAGUCCUUGAUGAAGGGUUGGCAUCACCGAGCGAGAAUUACAAGGCGUUUUAUGCGGAGAGGUGUCCGUGGUGGUUGGUGAUCAAGGCUACUGGGGCACCAGGACAUGGAGCUAAGUUAUAUGAUAAUAGUGCUAUGGAGAAUCUUUUCAAAAGUAUUGAGAGUGUGAGGAGGUAUAGAGCUUCUCAGUUUGAUUUGGUGAAGGCUGGUUUGAAAGCUGAAGGAGAGGUCAUAUCUGUCAACAUGGUCUUUCUUAAGGCUGGCACUCCUUCUCCUACUGGAUUUGUCAUGAAUUUGCAGCCAUCUGAAGCAGAAGCAGGUUUUGAUAUUCGAGUCCCACCAACUGCUGAUCCAGAAUCUUUGGAGAGACGAAUUGCUGAAGAGUGGGCUCCUGUUUCACGCAAUAUGACAUUCCAGUUUAAGCAGAGAGCUUCAAUACUUGAUAAUUCUGGGAGGCCAAUAUUUACAAAGACCGACAGCUCUAAUCCAUGGUGGAGCCUGCUUGAGGAAGCUGUUAGAAAAGCUGAUGGAAAGCUUGGUAAGCCAGAGAUCUUUCCUGCAUCAACUGAUGCUCGCUAUUUUCGAGAACGAGGCCUGCCAGCAAUUGGCUUCUCUCCUAUGGCAAACACACCUAUCCUUCUGCAUGAUCAUAACGAGUUCCUGAACAAAGAUGAGUACCUGAAAGGCAUCCAUAUUUACGAGUCAAUAAUUAAAGCAUAUGCAUCUUAUAUUGAGCAUGCAAGCAAUGGAAGCACCAAAGAUGAGUUGUGA